AUGAAGCCCUCUUUCAUCGUCCUCUCGGCCCUGGCUGCCCUGGCUACAGCUAACCCCAUGGAAAGGAGGCAGUGUGCUGGUUGCGAGCCCCCGGCAGGCAAGGGCAACUCAGCCAGUAACCCGAAUGUAAACUCGAGCUCCAACGCCAGCAACAGCAACAGUAACUCUGUUAACGUUGUCAACCAGCUGCCCGGCGGAACCGCCCCUGGUGGAACAGCCCCAGGCGGAUCUACUCCUAGCGGAACCCCUCCUGGCGGAAACGGCAACGUCAAGCCGAGGUGCCAGGACUGCCUUAACUUUUGCGGUGAGCACGGUGAUCUUGGCAACGCGCUUUGCAAGAUUUUUGCGUGCGGCAUCGUUUGCGUCGGCGUCUGA